AAAGUAUCGCGGGAAGAGGAAGGGAGCGUAACUCUAAGAAGUCGCUAUGGUGACGGGGAGGUCGGGAGGCUUCUUGGUAACUGGUACCAGGUAUUUCAGAGCAAUCGCCACCGCUUUCCUGGAACUUGAGCGAUACAUGAUAUGAUGCUCUCUUGGGAUGCCUGGCAGCGGGCAGCCUGCCACAACUCCCAGUCAACCACAUGAUCAUGGCAUAAACAACUGUGCACAUGUCAUUCAUACAGAUGGACUCAGAUAAAUGGAAUGUGUGAGGAUGAUCGUUAAGGGAGAAUCUUCCCAGUGUUAGAAUGCCAUCGUCUUACUUUCUCUGAUUCCUUGGCAUGAUGUUUCUGAAUGUAAAUACAAUCAAGUGGCAUCUUAAAUUUUUGCUGGAAGUGGAGUCAUGAGACUGAAGAUAACUCUUUUAAAAGAACCAAAGCAUCAAGAAUUAGUAAGCUGUGUGGGCUGGACUACUGCUGAAGAGCUGUAUUCAUGUAGCGAUGAUCACCAGAUAGUGAAGUGGAACUUGUUAACCAGUGAAACAACUCAAAUAGUAAAGCUUCCUGAUGAUAUUUACCCUAUCGAUUUUCACUGGUUUCCUAAAAGUUUGGGUGUAAAGAAACAAACUCAGGCAGAAAGCUUUGUCCUCACAAGUUCUGAUGGUAAAUUUCAUCUGAUUUCCAAAUUAGGAAGAGUGGAAAAAAGUAUAGAAGCUCACUGUGGAGCAGUACUUGCAGGAAGAUGGAAUUAUGAAGGAACAGCAUUAGUUACAGUUGGAGAAGAUGGGCAAAUAAAAAUUUGGUCAAAGACUGGGAUGCUUAGAUCUACUUUAGCUCAGCAAGGAACACCAGUGUAUUCAGUAGCGUGGGGCCCUGAUUCAGAAAAAGUUCUUUAUACAGCAGGCAAGCAACUAAUCAUUAAACCUCUUCAACCAAAUGCUAAAGUUUUACAGUGGAAAGCUCAUGAUGGCAUUAUUUUAAAAGUAGAUUGGAACUCAGUCAAUGAUCUUAUUUUAUCUGCUGGUGAAGACUGUAAAUAUAAGGUAUGGGAUAGUUACGGCCGCCCGCUGUACAAUUCACAACCUCAUGAGCAUCCUAUUACUUCAGUUGCCUGGGCUCCAGAUGGAGAAUUAUUUGCUGUUGGAUCAUUUCAUACUUUACGCUUGUGUGAUAAAACUGGGUGGUCAUAUGCAUUAGAAAAACCCAACACUGGCAGCAUAUUUAAUAUUGCGUGGUCUAUUGAUGGCACUCAGAUUGCUGGAGCCUGUGGAAAUGGACAUGUUGUUUUUGCACAUGUGGUGGAACAACAUUGGGAGUGGAAAAAUUUUCAAGUAACAUUAACUAAAAGAAGGGCCAUGCAGGUUCGUAAUGUUCUUAAUGAUGCAGUGGAUUUACUGGAAUUCCGUGAUAGAGUCAUUAAAGCAUCUUUGAACUACGCACACUUAGUUGUUUCAACGUCUCUUCAAUGUUACGUGUUCUCCACGAAGAACUGGAACACACCGAUUAUAUUUGAUCUCAAAGAAGGAACUGUUAGUUUAAUUCUGCAGGCAGAAAGACAUUUUCUUCUUGUAGAUGGUAGUAGUAUCUAUUUAUAUUCAUAUGAAGGGCGCUUUAUUUCAUCUCCAAAAUUUCCUGGAAUGAGAACAGAUAUUCUGAAUGCACAGACUGUAUCUUUGAGUAAUGAUACCAUAGCAAUAAGAGACAAAGCUGAUGAAAAAAUAAUCUUCCUCUUUGAGGCGUCAACUGGAAAGCCUUUAGGUGAUGGAAAGUUUCUUUCUCAUAAGAAUGAAAUCUUGGAAAUUGCUCUGGAUCAAAAAGGACUUACCAAUGAUAGAAAAAUUGCUUUCAUUGAUAAAAAUAGAGAUCUCUGUAUCACUUCUGUGAAACGAUUUGGGAAGGAAGAACAAAUUAUCAAGCUUGGAACAAUGGUGCAUACUUUGGCAUGGAAUGAUACAUGUAAUAUCCUUUGUGGACUUCAAGAUACUCGAUUUAUAGUGUGGUAUUACCCCAAUACAGUUUAUGUGGACAGAGACAUUUUGCCUAAAACAUUAUAUGAAAGGGAUGCAAGUGAAUUUAGUAAAAAUCCCCAUAUUGUGAGUUUUGUUGGAAAUCAAGUAACUAUUAGAAGAGCUGAUGGCUCCCUGGUUCACAUCAGCAUAUCACCAUAUCCUGCUAUUCUCCAUGAAUAUGUAAGCAGUUCAAAAUGGGAAGAUGCUGUAAGACUUUGUCGCUUUGUUAAGGAGCAAACCAUGUGGGCUUGUCUAGCUGCUAUGGCAGUUGCUAAUCGAGAUAUGACUACUGCAGAAAUAGCCUAUGCAGCAAUUGGUGAAAUUGAUAAGGUUCAGUACAUCAAUUCUAUAAAAAGUCUUCCAUCUAAAGAAUCAAAAAUGGCCCACAUACUACUUUUUAGUGGGAACAUACAGGAGGCUGAAAUAGUACUUCUUCAGGCUGGCCUUGUUUAUCAAGCAAUCCAGAUCAAUAUUAAUCUCUACAACUGGGAAAGGGCACUGGAAUUGGCUGUAAAAUACAAAACACAUGUUGAUACAGUUCUUGCUUACCGUCAAAAGUUUCUGGAGACAUUUGGUAAACAGGAAACUAAUAAACGAUACUUGCAUUAUGCAGAAGGCACAGAAUAUAAAUUCUCCUUUACUAGAGACAACUCUUGUCAGCUCAGAGACGACUCCAGAGAAAUCUACCAAAAAACCUUACUGCAUGGCUCUCCAAAUAGAUUGGGAGAAAAUCAAAGCCAAAAUUGAGAUGGAAAUUACAAAAGAAAGAGAGCAAUCAUCAAGCAGCCAAUCCAGCAAGAGUAUGGGUCUAAAGCCCUAAAUGCCAUGCUUGUCUUUAAGAAGUUUUAUCUUUUGAAAUAAUUCUGAUUAACCAAGGGUAAGCAUGUUUUGGUUGCUGAAGAAAAAAGCAUAAUCUUUAAAUGAGUAUAAGUACUUGCUGUGUAUUUAACGUAAAAGUACAUUCAGAAAGAUGAAACACAAAGUAACUGAUGUAUUUCUAUCUUUUAUAUUUUUUAGUCCAAUAAUUAGCAAAAUGUUACUAUAUACAUAAGAUAUACCUGUGUAGUGUUGAUUAUAUUUCAGUUUUUUGCCCAUUACUUCAUCCCUAAAUCUUCAGCAUGAACAAAUAUUGAUGUUGAUAAUAAAACAAUGGACUCUUUGAAAUGUAUGUUACCAUUAAUUUCUAUUUGACCUCUAAAUUGUAAAGUGCCUCCAAAAGUUUAUUUAUUUAUAGAACAAAAAUACAUGAGGAUGGAUUUGUACAAAUGUAUAAAAUGCAGCUAUUUAUACACCAAGUUCAUAGCAGCAUUACUGGAAUAGCAAAAGAUGGAAACAACUCAAGUGUCUAUCAUGAAUGGAUAAACAAGUGUGCUAUAAUACAUGCAAUGGAAUAUUAUUUAGCCUUAAGAAGGAAUGAAAUUCUGAUAAAUGCUACCUCAGGAUAAACCUUGAAAACACUAUGCUAAGGGAAAUAAGCCAGAUACAAAAGGUCAAAUAAGAUGCCACUUUUAUGAGGUGCCAGCAAAGGCAAGUUCAUAGAGACAGAAAGGAGAAUAGUGGUUACCAGGGACUGCAGGCAGGAGGAAAUGGGGAGGUUAUUGUUUAACGGGUACAUAGUUUCUGUUUGGGAUGAACAAAUUCUGGAAAUGGAUAGCGAUGAUGGUUGCUCAACAUCGUGAAUGUUAAUGCCACUGAAUUGUACCCAUAAAAAUGGUUAAAAUUGUAAAUUUUGUUGUGUAUAUUUUAUCAUAAUUUCAAAAAUAUAUCUAGAAUGGGCAAGAGGUAGUCUCCUCAUUCCUCUCUUGACUUGAGAAUGGUCAGGCAAUAGGCCCUGAAGUCUGAAUUUGUGAAAAUUUCCUUGGGUGAUAAACCUGUUUGAUUACUGUUAAUUUAGUAUAUCCCAAAGUUAUUACCACAUAAUCUUUUAAACAAUAAAACAAACACCCCUUAGAAAGUCUUCUAUAAACCCGUUUCUGAAAAUGGUACAUUAUAGGGUGGGUAUAGAUGCAUAUAUAUGGGAUUAUGUAUGUUACAUAUAUAUAUACACACAAAGGGAUAGAGGGAUUACCUCUUUUAACUCCCAUUUUAAUUACUAUGUCUAGGUUUUUUAAAUAAAAAUAUUUUCUUUUUAACAUGUUUCUUUUCUUUUCCGGAAUGUUGGAAUAUUCUGUUCUUGAUCCAGAUGAAAUCUGAUUGAGUAGUGUACUCAUAAGUUGUACUGUUUAUAUGUUUCCUAUAUUGUUAUAUUUCAAUGAGAAGUUUAAAAUGUUUAAAAAUAAAAAAUGGUUAAAAGGGUUUUGUGUUAUGUAUAUUUUACCACAAUAAAUGCAAAAAAUAAAAAGUCUGUGUUCUAAACAA